AUGAGCACUGCGUCGAACGAAACCUAUGGCCCUAUUGUGCCCGAAGGGCAACAUGCACCGUUCGCCGUGGUCACCCCAGACCAGCACGCAGCAUGGAUCAUAAUAGCAACAGCCGUUGGCAUGUCUUGCAGUCUUUUCUUCGGUCUCAUCAGAUUCGGUGUUAGGAAAUGGAUUGCACCAAAAUUCGGACUGGACGAUUAUACUCUGGGAGGAUCGAGUGCUCUGAUGGUAAUACAGUCGGCAAUAUUACUCGGUGCAUGCUCGAAUGGGCUAGGAAAUUCGAUCGACCUGAUAACAGAGGAAGCCCAAGCAAAAGUGCAGUCGUUGUACUAUGCAAGCAACCUCUUCUUCAUCCUAGCGCUGGGAUUGUCCAAAGUGUCGGUGGUCUUCUUCCUUCGAAGAAUCUCGAGAGCAAAACAUCACAAGUUGGCAUAUGAUGUCGUUAUUGGACUACAUGUUCUAUGGACUGUUGGGUCCUUCUUGGCUCUGGCGCUGCAAUGCGAUUUGAGUUCACCUUGGACUGUAAUCGGACGUGACUGUGGCACUGGUGUGCUCCGCAGAUGGCAGGUUAUAUGUGCCCUGGACAUAAUCUCAGAGCUUUUAAUUGUAUCCAUGGCAGUAUAUCUCGUCUGGGGUCUACAAACGUCGUUAGAGCAAAAGGUCGUUGUUGUUGGUGUGUUCGGCUUCCGCCUGAUCGGUAUUAUUGCAAUAGCUUUCCGACUACGUUCAUUCGACGCAGCCGGAUUCUCUACAAACCCAUUCCUGCUCGAAGCUGAUUUCAUUUGUUGGACACAAUCCGAGCUCAAUUGGUCGAUCAUUUCUGCUACCAUACCCAGUUUUCAGAACUUCCUGAAGAAUCUAAACACCCAUUUCGGUGGCCUGGCACCAGGAGAGAGCGACUAUGGAUACGGCAGCCACUCGCGCAGCCGUGUCGGCAACAACACCGUCAAUGCGUCUUUCCAGAUGUCCCAGCUGCAAUCUACAGAUGACACGGCGAGAGAAAAGGAAGACCAAGAAAGCGCUGUUCCACCACGUCUGCGACCUAAAUCCUCAAGGGAUAUUGGAAGUCUGGUGAGGAAAAAUAGCGUUAACGACGCAGAAACAAGAAGUAUCGGAAGUAACGAGAGUCGGCGCAUGAUGAUAAAGAAGGAAGUAAAUUGGCAGACGACCGUCAUGCCUAGUGCUCGUUGA